AUGAAUCAAUAGUUUUAGCAGAACUGUCCAUUUUCAUCUAGGUAAUACGAUUUCUUGACAUAAUCGGAUGACCAUUUAGACAAAGGAAGAGUUAAACCAAUCUAAUCAUUUGCUGAUUACGUUCAUGCACUUUAAGAACCAAGAUAAGCAAAAAUUCGUAGAUAGCAUACUGAAAUUAUCAAAAAAUCUCCAACACUUCCUAAACUUGAACCUGUGAUUCCAGAACUUUAGAAGAUGAAAGAACAUUUUGUUUUGAGUAUGACUAAAAAUAUUGUACCUCAACAAUGUCCAAUAAAUCAAUCAACUACUCCAAGAUGUAAGGUUUAAAUGCCAUUAUCAAUAACUCGAAAGUCAACAAAUUGUUAAAAAUAAAUAAAAUUAUCUCCAAUCACAUCCAAAAGUGCUUUUUGUAUAAAAUUACCCUAAGAGGAAGAUGAUGGGAUAUUUUUGACUAAAAUAGGAGGAGAAGAGACUAUAAGAGGAAUAGCUAGAAUGUUUCAUUAACAUUCUUAACAUCAUCCAAUAAUUUAGAGUAAUCAAUCAAAUAAUUUAUAAAGAAAUUGAUGAUCCUUAAAUGUAUGAAUUGAAAUUUGCUACAUUCCUAGAGUAUAUAAUGGGGAAACCUGUAUUCUUUAACAUAGAAAAUCUUAAAUAGAAACAUAUUCCUUUGUAAAUCACCAAUGAAUAAUAUAACCAGUUCAAGAGUUAUCUCAUAGUAAUUAAUAAAUUUAAAUUUAAGAGUAGUUUCAUUAAAUGUAAUAAGGGUCCACCAGAGUUGAUUUUUGAAUUCAGUGCACUAAUAGAAUAAUAUAAAUAUUGUAUUAUAACAACUGAACAAACUUUUGCUCAAAUAUUCAAUAAGAAGACAGAAAAUAAUACUGAAGAAACACCAGAAUCUAUAGUGAAUUUAGCAGAUUAGACAUAUUAAAAGAUUCAAGAAGAUUAAACUUUAUGUGAAUAUUUCAUUGGAAUUAGAAUGGAUGAAUAAGCUAAAAAAUUAGGUAGGAUAGUUCAUCAAAUGAUGGGAUGGGAUUGUAGUGUUGAUUAUGUUUUGAAUUACCUAAGGAAAUCACAUAAAUAAAUGAAUCUAACAAAUGUACAUUUCACAUUAUUCAAAUCUUAUCUUGUGGAAUCAAUGAAAGAUAUAGGAUUGAAAGAAGAUUAAAUAGAAUUAAUUACUCAAAGAAUGGAUGGAUAUAGAAGUUGUAUAGUAAAUUAAGAUUGUUUACUUGAUUUCUAUUUUCAAUCUUCUACUCUAUUCAAAGUUUAAGUUAAGAAAUAUGAAGUACUUCUUUAAAAGGAUCCCAGAUUCAGAAAUUUCCCUAAUAUAGCUGCGUUGUUAAGACAUGCUCACUUCCUUCUGAAAUAUGUCACUCAUUAACAUCAACCAUUGCUAACCAAAAUUGAUCUCAAGACUUUGCAUAGACAUUGUAUUAUUUAACAUGAAUGGAUUGAUGCUUUUAGAGACAAUUUCUUUCAUCUUAUUAAAAGCUAUACUCUCGAUAGACUUAUUCUAUAAGAUUAUGCAGACACAUGGUUUCAACUUAGAUACACUAUUAUGAAUCAAUGCACUAUUGAGAGUGUAAUAGGUUAAAAUGUCAUAGAUUCAGUUCAAUUCAAAAUUUAAAUCAAUCUCCAAGAUAACGAAGUAUAUAGUGAUCAUUUCAGAAAUGCCGAUUAUCAAAUCAAGUCUCAUAUAAAGAAAAUUAUUGCUUUCAUUUUCAAAAACUCUUAAAUCUAUAAAUCUAAUGACUUGAGGGUUAUCCAUUAUCCACUCAAAAUCACUGAGCAAACCUUUAAUUUAUUUGUUUAAUUAAUCAAAUAAGUUAUGCAAGAAGAAAAAGUGCCUGCUAAUCUCGUCAUUCUUGCAGAACAGAUUUGUUAAUAUUAUAGAAAUAGCAUUUGCAAUCUGUGA